CUGCUUGGUGACGUGACGUCAGAUGCCGUCGUGUAGGGAUUGGAAUGCUACAGUGUAACAAUCGGAACCAGCGAAUCUUAGGGAAUUGGACGCGGCUGGCCAUCCGAGCGCGUCUGCCGAGCGGCCGCAGCUACUUUGCCGGAGCACCGACUACUUUGUUCGCUUCGUUUGUCGGCUUGGACCACAACCCGCGGGCGGCUCGUCACUGAGGCAUCUCGUUAUUGGAAUUAUUUUUUUUUUGUUCGAAGGGAAGAGCAAUGCAGGGAUUUGUAAGGUUACGACUGUAGAGAGAAACCCGGGAUUCCUUCGGCAGUCGGGGACCGGCGCAUCCGGAGUGCGCGGAUUUCGCUCCUGGCCCAGCAAAAGGGAGGAGGAGAAGGAGGAGGAGGGAGGUCAGCUGUACCUUCUUCUCCGGGUUGCCUGGUUGGUUUGGCGUGCCUGCCUGCCAGCCAGUCUCCUUCUUCACACCGUGAGUUUUCUGCGCCGUGCACUGGAAGUUAGCCGGGUUUUUUUUUUUUCGGAAUAAGAAAAGCAACAUCCUCUCCGCGAGUCGGCUGUCUGGGAACCGACAGUCGUCACCGGAGCUGCCAGCGACCGCCAGCCUCUAAUAUGAUAGAUAGACGGGGAGCAAGAUAAAGAAGUCGCCCACAUGCACAGGAUCAAUCGAAGGAUUUGGGAAAGGAAUCCGAAGAAGGUGGAAGACGCGAGUUUGAAAUCCGUGCAGCCUGGAAGAUGGCGGAUUGGAGCAGGAGGUGGUGAGAGCAAAACUUUGGGGGCUUUUGGAUUUAUUCGCAGACAUCUCGACCCAGAGAGGACACAUGCAGGCCAAAAAACGCUACUUCAUCGUGCUGUCCGCCGGCGCCUGCCUUGUGCUGCUAUUCUACUUCGGGGGCUUGCAAGUCCGGGCAACGAGGAACCAGAGCCGGCGUGAGGAUCGCCUGCGGAGCCCGGAGCAGCCAUGGCCACACUUCUCGGACAACUUACAGUCGUUUCUGCCCCGAGAGCAGCUGGCCAACGAGGAUUACAAUAUGCACCUUUCGCCGCGGCAAAAGAGGGACGCCAACACGAGCCUAUACAAGGGCAAAAAGUGUCGGAUGGAGUCCUGCUUUGAUUUCUCCCUGUGUCAGAGGAGCGGCUUUAAAGUGUACGUCUACCCGCAGCAGAAGGGGGAGAAGAUUUCGGAAAGUUACCAAAACAUUUUGUCCGCGAUCGAGGGGUCGCGCUUUUACACCUCGGACCCCAGUCAGGCUUGCUUGUUCGUCUUAAGCUUGGAUACUUUAGACCGAGACCAGCUCUCGCCGCAGUAUGUGCACAACUUAAAGAGUAAAGUCCAAAAUCUGCAUCUCUGGAACAAUGGUAGGAAUCAUUUAAUUUUUAAUUUAUAUUCGGGCACUUGGCCCGACUACACGGAGGAUUUGGGGUUCGACAUCGGCCAGGCCAUGCUGGCCAAGGCCAGUAUCGGCGCGGAGAACUUCAGACCCCACUUCGACGUGUCCAUCCCGCUAUUCUCCAAGGAUCACCCUCGGACAGGGGGGGAGAGGGGCUUCCUCAAGUACAACACCAUCCCCCCUUUUAGGAAAUACAUGCUGGUGUUUAAGGGCAAGAGGUACCUGACCGGGAUCGGGUCCGAUACCAGGAACGCGCUGUACCACGUCCAUAAUGCGGAGGACGUGGUGCUGCUGACCACCUGCAAGCAUGGCAAAGACUGGCAGAAGCACAAGGACGGCCGCUGUGAUAAGGAUAACGCCGAGUACGACAAGUACGACUAUCGAGAAAUGCUGCACAAUUCAACUUUUUGCUUGGUGCCUCGAGGACGCCGGCUCGGUUCCUUCAGAUUCCUGGAGGCCCUGCAGGCUGCCUGUGUCCCCGUGAUGCUCAGUAACGGGUGGGAGUUGCCGUUUUCAGAAGUCAUCGACUGGAACACCGCGGCUGUCAUCGGCGAUGAACGAUUGUUAUUGCAGAUCCCGUCAACGGUCCGAUCCAUCCAUCAGGACAAAAUCCUAGCACUUCGGCAGCAGACGCAGUUCCUGUGGGAAGCUUAUUUCUCCUCCGUUGAGAAGAUUGUAUUGACUACUCUGGAGAUCAUCCAGGACCGAAUCUUUAAGCACAUAUCACGCAACAGCCUGAUUUGGAACCGCCAUCCAGGAGGCCUGUUUGUCCUGCCACAGUAUUCCGCCUACCUGGGAGACUUCCCCUUCUACUUUGCUGCUCUUGGAGUCAAACCUUCCUCCAGGUUCACUGCCGUGAUCCACGCCGUGACUCCAUUGAUAUCCCAAUCCCAGCCCAUCCUCAAGCUCCUGGUGGCCGUCUCCAAGUCUCAGUACUGCGCACAGAUCAUCGUCUUGUGGAACUGCGACAAGCCUCUGCCGGCUAAACACCGCUGGCCAGCCACGCCUGUUCCUGUUGUGGUCAUCGAAGGAGAGAACAAGGUGAUGAGCAGUCGCUUCCAGCCGUAUGACACCAUAGUGACUGACGCCAUACUAAGCCUUGAUGAAGACACGGUGCUGUCCACCACUGAGGUGGACUUUGCAUUUACGGUGUGGCAGAGCUUUCCUGAGAGAAUCGUGGGUUACCCUGCUCGCAGCCACUUCUGGGACAGCAAUAAGGAGAGGUGGGGCUACACCUCCAAAUGGACGAACGACUAUUCGAUGGUGUUGACUGGAGCUGCUAUAUACCACAGAUAUUAUCACUACUUGUACACGAAUUACCUACCUGUGAGUCUGAAGAACAUGGUGGACCAGCUCGCCAACUGUGAGGACAUUCUGAUGAACUUCCUGGUGUCUGCUGUAACAAAACUGCCUCCAAUCAAAGUCACACAAAAGAAGCAGUACAAGGAAACCAUGAUGGGACAGUCCUCACGUGCCUCACGUUGGGCGGAUCCGGACCACUUUGCCCAGCGACAGACCUGCAUGAACAAAUUUGCCAGCUGGUUUGGCACCAUGCCCCUCAUUCAUUCUCAGAUGAGGCUGGACCCCAUUCUUUUCAAAGACCAGGUCUCGAUUCUGCGCAAGAAAUACCGAGACAUUGAGCGACUCUAACGAGCACUACGACGCGUUGGCGAAGAGGGUGAGGAGCGUGUCUGCCCUCCGUUACCUCUUCCAAGUCGGCAGCACACCUACAGUGGCUGGAGCCCAAGCCAAAUAAGUGAUCCUGGGAUGUUCUGGCAGGGAAUUUUUGGAUGCAAUGGAGUGUCUGACUACACAGGACGAGUUACCAGCGAUUUGAUUACUGGGAUAGGAAUUAAGGAACGAUCUUCCCUAACUUCUGUUCUUCAGCUAUGCAGAUUUUAUUAUGUUGUUGUUGUUGUUCAAGGCUCCUCUUCUUCACUUGCCCACAAACGAAGGCUUUGGUUAAUUUCAUUUUAGAAAUAAAAGAAGUCGUCUCCUCAUUACAACAGAUCACCAGGUCCGAGGAAUGAGCAACGGGCGUCAUAUCCACGACGGUCGAAUUUUGAAUCCUGUUAUGGAAGUAGGGAAGGCAAUUCUUGUAGUAGAGUUCACUUUCCCAGAGGGGGUCGCUUUGGUUUAAACGUGUUUAAUUACGAAGUGGAGAAAGAGAUGAGUUUACAGUUUAACGGAUUAAUAAGGAAUGUGAAUGGAUAAAAUAAGGAAUAAGAGUUGUCAGCAUCCAAAAAUGAAGCAGUCCAAGGAAACGUCUGCCGGAAGGAAGUCCGCUGCCCGACGUUCUUGCAGAUCAGUAACGUUUAUUGCUGCAUUUACUGGGGAACGGGCAGACGGCACCGACAUUAGCCAGAGGCAUCGUCCCGUUAACUCUGUGUUCGUUUGGUUUGGAACAAAUAGAAUGGCGGAGGUGGAUGUACCCGUAAGGUGAGACAGAUGGUGGUCGCGAUGCCAUCGAUGAUCUGCUCGCUCACGUCUCACAUCUUGUUGUUAAAGCUUCGGGAGUCGCCGUGGCGUGUUCGAGACUCCAGAAUGGCCGGCGGUUUCAGGAAGGCUGCAGCUGCAUUUCAUGAUCGUUUGUGAUUUAUUUUCCUAAUACUUUAAUGUUCUCCAUCAUGUAAGCGAUGCCUCGCCAUCGAUGACACCGUUAGUGGCUCAGUGUGCAAAUUAAAAAAAAUGAGAUGAAAAGAAUCAAUGCGAGAAUAAUCGUCGAGGCCUCCUCGCGAUCGCAUCGGGUAAUUUUGCCAGAAAAAUCUUUCCAUGAAUCGCCUUGUUUUCAAGAUCACGGCAGGUGAACCUUAUCUGUGAUCGUUACGGUCCGGUAAUCAAAGUAUUUUCACAGUCGCAUCGCUCGUUUGUUUGUUUUUGUUAAUUCAGAUCAAUCUCUCCGAUAAUGAAACUGGCAUUUUUUAGGCAAAUCUUCGUAAUAAUCAGAAUUCUCUCGAGGUCGCUGCAUUUUUUUUUUUUUUUUUCCAUCGAUGUUCUCUUUCCAAUAAUCGAAGUUUUUCGAGAUCGCUACAUUUUAUUUCCAGAAACUUUAAAUAUUAGAAAGAUUUAUUUCAAGAUCCCAGCAUUUCUUUCUCAGACAAGUCUUUCCAAUAAUCCCUCGAGAGGUCGCUGCAUUUUUAUUUAUUUAAUUUUUUCGAUAAUUGAUUUUUUUUUUAUUUCCUGGAAAUGCAAACAUAAGAUUUGUAGUCUGACUGGCGCGGCACCAGAGAGUCUGCGGCCCUCGCUCCGUGUGCCCGCGAGCGUCUCUUCCCAUUUCGAGGGCACGGUGCUGUGACCGGGUGGUCUCCCUGCUCCUAAAGUUCUUCUUUUCGUGGUGGGCUCUGUCAGCCCUCGAUUUCCUGGUACUUGAAUGUCUGAUAACUUGAAGAGGUGGCCUUUACAAAAGCUGAUUGAACUUCAUUGGUGAAGGAAGACGAUUUGAAAACAGAACCGUCAGUUUCUUUUUUUUCUCUUUCCCAUCAGUCCGAUAUUUAAAUCUGCUCAGAUCAUGUAUUGUUAAUAAUUAAAAAAAAAAUAAAAAUAUCCGAUCGUUUAUUCUUGACGUGAGUUUUACGCGACCAGGCGGUUAAAAACUGUCAGCUGUAGCAGGCUGAGGUUUGACUGUUGAAAUGAAACUCAGUGAUUUCAGGGUUCUCGUCAUGUCUUUGUUUCGUGUCGAUCACACAGUUUUGUGCGUUUCACAGUCGCAGUCAUUUUAAAUCGGUCAUCAUGAACGUGAAAACGGUUUCAUCAGCAGUGAGGUAUUUAAGGAAAAGGAUAAGAUUGUAGUGAAUAAAUAAGCACUUGGCACUUUCUCCUUCUGAUAUCUCAUGAAAAAGUCGCUCGCUCCUUCCAGCGACCUCUGCACGUGUCGGCCGUUCGACUAGUCGAUGUACGAGUGACUCAUCUUCGGGUGUUUGUACUGUGAAGAGUUCUUCGGGAGAACCGGAGUGUCUGACCGUCUCG